AUGGGUCAGCAGCCUGCACCACGGCUCCACACGCCACCACGGGCCCAGGGCCUGGACCACUGCCCCCAACGCCACCAUGGGCCUUUGAACUGGACCACAGCUCCAAAUGCCACCAUGGGUCCCGGGGCCGGGGCUGGGGCCGGCCGCAGGGCGGCGGCGGCGGCGGCUCCCCCGCGCAGCCCCCAGGAGUUCUCGGCGAACUGGAAGGCGCUGCGGGAGCUGCUGAAACCAAAGGCAAAUAGCUGUGACGAGCCCGUCGCUGCGUGUCAAAAACACGCCAGAAGGAAGCGUGCGCUCAGGGAAGGAAAUGGCCGAGAGGGUCCGGCUGUCAGUGGGAGCGGGAACGCGGUAAAAUCCAAAUCUGCGAACAAGAUAAACAACGGUUCUGCUAAAAGCAGUUCUCCUUUGGUAAAUCCAAAAUCCAAGAGGACUGCAAUGGGCAACAAUUCAGAUGGCACCAAAAAGGAUGGAAAAGGCUGCAGAGAGAAAAAGAAAAAUGGCAACACUGAAAAGGAACAGGGUGAUAUAAAACAUAAAAGAAGGAAAGCUGAAGAACAUGUGGAGCAGGAGACAAAAGAGGCUGACAUCUGGUUUGAUGAUGUUGAUCCAAAAGAUAUUGAAGCAGCCAUAGGACCUGAAGCAGCAAAAGUUGCCAGAAGAAAUCUGGGACUUGAAACAGGCCAAUCCAAAGAGUCUGUGGAAAGGACGCUGGUUAAAGAAAAGGCUUCUGAAGGGCUGACAAGAGCUGUAGCCAUGGACUGUGAAAUGGUGGGAGUGGGACCCAAGGGUGAAGACAGCAUUGUGGCUCGUGUGUCCAUUGUGAACCAAUUUGGAAAGUGUAUUUAUGACAAGUACGUCAAGCCUACAGAAGAGGUGACUGACUACAGGACAGCCGUUAGUGGCAUACGCCCUGAGAAUAUAAAGACAGGAGAGAAUUUUAAAAUUGUUCAGAAGGAGGUCGCCGACAUCUUAAAUGGACGGAUUUUAGUUGGGCAUGCUUUACACAAUGACUUAAAGGUCCUAUUUCUUGAUCAUCCUAAGAAGAAAACUCGUGACACACAAAAAUACAAGCCUUUCAGACAGAGAGUCAAGAAUGGACGGCCAUCAUUGAAACUGCUCUGUGAGAGACUCCUAAAUGUUCAAGUGCAGACAUCAGAGCACUGUUCAAUUCAGGAUGCACAAGCAGCUAUGAGACUGUACACCUUAGAAAAAAAGCAGUGGGAAGCUGCUGUUAAGGACAAAUCUAAACUAAAGAAAUAAUAAACUCUAAAAUUUGAGUAAUUCUACACCGUGAUUUUUUUUUUACAUGCAGCAUUUGCUGUGUUCAUGUCAAAUUCCAACACAAAUUUAGAGAGAACUCAGAACUGACAACAAGUUGAUUCAUAAAAAAGCUCAACAAACGACACUUCCUGAUGUGGUAUGUGAACACUUUUGUACAAGAAUAAUGCAGAAGUAACCCCUGUUCUGGAGCAUACAUAUGCCUAAUGACUACUACUUUUUGAACAGCCCAUGUACUGAAUGUCUGAAUUUGUGAAGUACUUCAGCAGAUCUAUACCUGCAAAGGAAAUGUACACUGAAUGAGUAAAAAGAAAAACUGUUUUUAAAUUAUGAUACAAGAAGGAAGAAACUGUUACUGCUUUGCUGAAAGUCAUAAGACAACAAUCUUUAUUUCAGGUAUUUUUAAAGCCUACAAUAAAUCAGCAGAAUAUAUUAGUGUUUAUAUAUUAAGGCACAAUAUCAAUCUCACUUUCUGGUGAGAAAAAUCUUUUUAAAAUAUUUCAGCAGGAUCCAAGCUUUUAUACCUGAACUGGAAGCCUACAGGUCUUGUUCUUGUACAAACAGCUUUUAUGUCACUUCUGCAGUUUUAAAAGCGUUGCAUCCACAAGGACCAUUAUCUCCUGGAGAAAAAUGUGAGAAUUGUCAAAUACAGAAUUACCUUGUUGCUUCACAUAUUUUUAUAUUCCUUAUUAAUAAAAAACACUGUUUAAAAUA